AUGGAGAACGGCAAAUUGGCGGGCACCGAAUCAUUGGAAUCGAUUGAAAGUAAUAGUACCAAUUCAGUGAUAUCUACACGAGCAGCGCCUAAUAUUACUGGAAAUGAGCCAGUACGCACUCUAUUCGUUUCCGGUUUACCAAUGGAUGCGAAACAACGCGAGCUUUACCUUCUUUUCCGAUCCUGUCGAGGCUAUGAGAAUUCACUACUUCGAAUAACGCAAUCAAAAGAUGGCGGUAUUGCAUCACCUGUUGGUUUUGUCACAUUUUCUAGUGCAGAAGAUGCUGAGAUUGCUAUGAAAGCGUUGCAGAGCGCACUUUUUGAUCCUAUCACUGGUCAUAAAAUUCGUCUUGAAAAAGCAAAAAGUAAUACAAAAGUACCGAAGCCUAAGCAGAUUUCGCCACCAUUAGCAGUUCUUCCACCGCCAACCUCCGUUAAUGCGGCAGCUUUUCCUCCAGGUAUGCUGCAAGCUGCAGCUGCAGCUGUUGCAGCAUCAGCGGCACCACCGCCACAGUCCGUUUUUGCACCACCUCCUCCACCACCAUCAAUAGCUGCUCCCACAUCACAUCGACAGGAUUUAAUCAGUGCGGCAUGUCUUAAUGAUUCACAGCUUGCCCAUAUUCUUAACGAAAAUCAUUUCCUCCUGAAUUCAGUACCGCAAUUUGCUGCAGCUGCCGCAGCUGCUGCUGCUGCUGCAGCAUCUCAACCACCAUUUCUGUUACCUCCCGCUGCAGCUGCAAUUGCUGCCGGUUUACCAUUACCUCCCAUUGCAGCUGCCAAUGUUUCCUCAACACCUUUUUUGCAACCAAAUGCUGCAGUUGCUCAAUUAACAGCUGCUACACAACAUGUUACCGCUGCACAACUAAAUGCUGUAGCUGUAACAUCAGCAAAUGCAGCUGCAGCUGCUGCUGCUGCUGCAAAGGCUACAGCAACAGUAUCACCAGCAUGCUCCACACUGUUUGUAGCCAAUUUGGGAGAUGGAGUCACAGAAGAUGAACUGAAAGCUGUUUUCUGUGCUUAUCCCGGAUUUACACGAUUACGGUUGCAUACCAGGAAUGACACAACUGUAGCAUUCGUAGAAUUUCGAGAUGUGCGACAAGCUACACUAGUAAUGAAUGCUCUACAGGGUUGCCGUAUUUCAAGCUCACAUCGCGGUGGUAUUCGAAUUGAAUAUGCGCGAAAUCGAAUGGGAGACAUUACCGGUCAAUGGUAA